UUCAGAACGCGUCGGGUUUCUCGGCCUGUCUCUCACGGUUUUCUCGUCUGCGGUCCUCCGGCUGACGCCAUCUUCGGUCGUCUUUUUUUGUUUAAGUGUCAACUUUCUGGAACAAUAUACGCAGGAAUACAGUAUACAGUGGAUCGUGGGGAAAACGUUAUGUGUGCGGGUAGUACGCGCGAUGGACGAACACUGAACGAACGUCGGGAUUGAAAUGACAAAGUGAAAACGCGAUAUGAGUUUGCGUCGUAGAUCUAGCCUGCAUCCCUGAAAGAUUGCGAGCCAAGAAAAAAAGAAGUCGUUAGCCGUCCGAGUGUCCAUGUAAAAGUCAUUCAGUAGAACUCUUCCCCCCUUUGAAGUAUUGUUGGAUGGUAUUGGACCCCAAGGUCACCAGUCUGCACAGUGAUUACGGAAGCUUCGAUCGACCAUUGGGCGCCGGUGAGGGCCACGAGAGGGACGUCGAGGCGGCGGUUGAUGGAAGCAGCAACGGAAUGGCACAGUCGAGCGACGUUUACCAGCGGCAGCCGUUAUUACCUGGUGCACCGGCGAAAGGGAAGGACAAGUGGUCCGGGGUGGCAUCCGGUUCGGACUAUUACGUCGACGACGAGGAUGAAAAGAUCGACGGCCUCGGACGACAUCCCGGGCUACCGAAUGGCUCCGGAAACGGCGUCGUUAAGCUCGACAUACCCGCCCCGCUACGCGAGGAGCCCCGUUUCCCUAAGGAGAAAUGGAAAACCUUUCUUGCAUUUUUAUUUAUGGUCGUGAAUUUUAUACUGACCACGGCGUCCCUUGCAAUGGUGCAUGAAAGAGUCCCGGACAGAAGCACGUACGGACCGCUGCCGGAUGUGGUGUUGGACAACGUCGCCGCACAGGACUGGGCCCUUAACGUGUCGGAAGUUCUGAUUAUGAUAAUGUCCAACUCAGCCAUGGUUUUUAUUAUUUUUCAUAAGCAUAGAUUUAUCGUUGUUAGGCGGGUGUUUCUUUUGAUGGGGCUGUUGUACAUGAUGAGGAGUAUCACGAUGUACGUGACGGUACUACCGGUAGCCAGUAAAACGUACUUCUGCAGCCCAAAAGCGAACAACACGAGCCCGCUUCUCGUCACGAAGAGGGUUCUGCAGCUCAUCUCCGGCUUCGGCUUGUCCAUAAACGGCAAGCACACUUACUGCGGGGAUUACAUUUACAGCGGUCACACGGUUGUGCUUGUACUUAGUUACCUGAUUAUCAAGGAGUAUUCUCCUAGAAGAUGUCAACCGAUUCAUUGGUUGGCGUGGAUAGCUGUUCUCGUUGGGGUAGUAAUGGUCCUGAUGGCUCACGGACAUUAUACCGUGGACGUUCUCAUAGCAUACUACGUAACCACACGCUUAUGGUAUAUCUAUCAUACCUUGGCUAAUAAUUCGCAUCUUAAGCAAUACGAACCAAACAACUUUCUGGCCCGGCUCUGGUGGUUCCCUAUUUUCAAAUAUUUCGAGAAAAAUGUGGGCGGCACCGUGCCACGACAAUACGACUGGCCUUUACCCUGGCCUCGACGAUUCCUUGCCAAGCACCCCAACCGGGACAGUUAAUGUCCGUCGUGAUCGCGCGACACAGGCUGUCGAACAACAACGGAGUUACUUUUGUUGUAUUUGUAUAUAUAUAAACAUAUAUGUAUACGUAAAUAGGCUUACACUGUGGAGAUAAAAGCUUUAUUAGAAAAGUGGGUACAGAGAGAUGCGACCGAGCUCUCGUCAAGCCUCCAAUGCCCGAGGACUCGACCAGAAGUUUCUUCUGCAGUGUUCACUUUCUCAAGAGACUUUACGACACGAGCGAAACAGACGACGAAAUGAAAGAAACAAUUACGACCGAAGAAAAAGAAAAAUCAACCGGUUCGAACGAUGCUUGUGUACCAGUCAUGUUCGUUAUCGUCCAAUCGCGAAACCUAUUUUUCCUUGAUUUUGAUACGACUUAUACAUAAUGUAAGGGAUUAGAUAACUCGAAUAGUACCGACGUUAGUUCUCACCAGAUGAAUUCACCUUAGAUGAAGGAGGUAUCCGAGAGUUACUGGUCAGAUUAGUGUAUAAACAAAAAAGAAAAAACAAGAAGCAAACAAACGUAAACGCGUAGAUAUCUCUAUUUUCAGAUACUCCGACAACGUGAAGAUACUUAGGAUUAACCGCUGAAUCGAGCGUGUAUAAACACUCGCGCGAACUGUACUAAUUGUUAAAUAUGUAGGAUUCGAGACGCAAGAUAGCGGAUUCAUUUUUGUAAACUUUCGAACAACGACACAAUUGGAAAAUCAGGCGUCGCUGCGAUACGAACACCGCAC